UCGCGUCGCGUAGACCGUGCCCGACCUGGCGACCCCCUUCCUCCUCGCAGUCACUCUCCGUCCGCUCCUCUUCGCGCCCACCUCUCGCUCACUCGUCGCGCGCGACGACGCGGUGGAGAAAGGCUUCGGAAGCCGGUCUCUCGCACGGAGGGAAGCCAAGAAGCUGGAAUUGGCGCCGCGCGGGCCGUGACCGGAGUCUCGGAGCGGGGCUGGAGACGUGAAGAAGGGGCGGUGCGCCAUGGCGCACGGACCAGCGAUAGCUCCGGCGGCUGGGCCUGGUAGAGUGUCAGGGUCGUCUGCGGCUGCUACUGCUGCAGCCGCGGCGGAGGAGAUGCGGUGGCGGCAGCUGGACAGCGGCGUGAGCGCGGUGUCGUUCGGGUUCGUGGCCACCGCCAUCCUCGUUUCCAUGUUCCUCGCCAUGGCCAUCCUCGAGCACUUCCUCCGUCCCCCGGCUCGCGCGCCCGUGCCCGGGACGCCGCCCCCACGCGGGAUCCUCCGCCGCUUCCGCCUCCUUCUCGGCCGCAGCGGCGCCGGUGCCCCCGGCGCGGAUCUCGAGGCGGCCAGGAAGCUCGACUGCCGCGCGCCCCUGGAGAUUCCUGUUUACGCCAAAGGUGUCUCGGUUCUAAUGCCAGGGCAAGAUGUACCAACAUUCAUCGCGCAUCCUGCCCCGGCACCCUUCCCCCGAGAGAGGAUCCGAUGGCCGUCGCACCAGCCCCCUCCUUUCAGCUGUUCCUCAUCAAACCCUAGCUAGCUGUCCCGGUACUAAAGACCAUCUCACUAUGCACGUUGAGAGUGUAGGCUCUGUGGUCUCUGUGGAUGUAUCGCCGUUCUCUAGUGGGAGUCAGGAGCAAAACAGUAGCUGUUACGACAGGCUCGCUCCCACCGUACCUGUACAGGUGUAGAUCUUGCUCUGAAGCAAGCUCUGCUGCCCCCUGCUGUAUUGUGGCCGGAGAGCGGCGGCUGGUGGAUCAAUGGAGCUGUUGCUGAUCCCGCUUGCUGUGUUAGAUCUUAGAUGCCGCUGUUUCUUGUUCAUCCUAGUUCCUGCAUGUCAGAUCAGAUGGCUGGUAAAUUACACGCAUGUCGUGUAAACUCAGUCAGCGAUUGUGAAGAACCUCAAGUUGUUUGAUUUCACGGAGUUCUUUC